GAGAUGAUCAGUGAAAAAAGUACUGCUUUACAAUCUUUGGAUGACUUGUUUGAAAGGCCAUCUUAUUUUGGCAAUCCUCACGAGGAUCAAGAUAUGAGAGAAUUCAAAGACCUUUUGAAAAAGAUGCUAGUUGUGAAUCCUACAGAGCGGAUCAGCCCGUUAGAUGCUCUGAAACACAACUUCAUUACAAUGAAGCAUCUUCCCAUCUUCAGCGAUGACUCGUAUGUAAAGGAAGCCUUCAAAAUAAUGUCGCAGUGCCAACCCAUCAAAGUGAACAAACCUGAGUGUGAAAACACAAUCAGCUCACAUCCUGGUCCCAUUAUGGCUCCACCUGUCAAUACUAAACCAGAAGCAGAUGACAGUGAUGUUAUAGACAAACCUCUGAGUUACAACCCAGAUGAUGCUCAAAAACAUAGUUUUAUUGGAAUGAAGCAUCUAUCUGUCAACAACAGUGACUUGUAUGCAAACGAAACUACGUCACAAUGCCAAGUCAUCUCAGAGGAUUUACCUGUGGAGUGUGAAAGCUCACACUCACACACCUCACAUCCUGGUCCCAUUAUGGCUCCACCUGUCAAAACUAACCCAGAAGCAGAAGACAGUGAUGUUAUAGACGAACCUCUGAGUGACAACCCAGAUGAUGCUCAAAAACAUAGUUUUAUUGAAGUGGAGCAUCUAUCUGUCAACAACAGUGACUUGUAUGCAAACGAAGCACACAAAACUACGUCACAAUGCCAAGUCGUCUCAGAGGAUUUACCUGUGGAGUGUGAAAGCUCACACUCACACACCUCACAUCCUGAUCCCACUGUGGCACUGCCUGAGAAAGACUUUAAACACAAAAAACCUUUCAGAAAUCUUAGAAAGUUUUUUGCCAGAAUUUUCAACAUCCAUCACGUCCUGUCUUAGAACUUAACACUUAACAUGGCCAGAGAACCAUUUCUACUGAUAAUGUCUGCAAAAGAUAUGCAUGACGUCACUGAUGAUGUCACAAAUGCAAAUUAAUUAAUUAUUAAUUAAAACACAUUAACGUCCGAGGACGAAAAAUAAAGAUAGAAUAAAGAGUCCAGUUUAGAGGUGGAUAGUAAUAGGUUGCCAUUGGCAUGGCAAUCCUAAAUAAUCUUUGAAGGACACAAUAAAUACUCUGAAGGAUGAAAUCAAUUCUGGCUCAAUUUAAUCGGCUACACAGAAACAAACCUUUAUACAUACAAAUAAUACUUGGG